AUGAGCGCCAGCACGUCGGCGUACGGCGGCAGCGCGCUCCACCUCGCCGGCUCGUCGUCGCCGCUCAGCUUGGGCAUGGGCCGUCUCCGUGACGCCCUUGCCGAUGCGGACCCGGACGUCUCACGCCCGGCCCUGCGGAGGGUGACGAGCGAGGCGGAACGGGCCGUCGCCGAGAGCCAGAGCCAGAGCAGGGCCGAGAGCGAGGGCCUCAGUGAACGCAGCGCGGAUACGAGAAUCGAGGUUGAGGUCAUUGUGCAUCUGGUGAAGCCCUCCGAGUCACUCCCAGGCAUCGCUCUACGUUACGGUAUUGACCUGGCCGUCCUGCGUAAAUCCAACAAACUCUGGCCGUCCGACCCCGUCCAUGUCCGCACCAAGCUGUACGUGCCGCUCGACGCAUGUCGGCCGUCUGCAGCCAGUGUGGCCAUUGUCCGCGGUCCCGACGAGGGCCAAGUGACGAUUAUGCCGCAUCGCAAAAAGGGCAUGAACGGGCACUCGACCAACGGCACGUCCACGCUGCAUUCGCGCAAUGGCAGCGAAUUGGAACUCGAGCAUGGAGACCAUGACUUGGGUGCGGUGCUGGACGGCACCGUCGCUGUGGAUCUCACGCCCACGCUAGACACGUGCGAGUUCCCUGCCGACAACGCCAACGCCGACGAGGCCAUAGUCCUUGACCUCGUUCGGCUGCCGGCGUCGCAGCUGCGGUUCUUCCCGCGCGGCAAGCGGCGCGAGACGGCCCGCGCCCGCGCGUCCUUGGACAGCGAGCAUGGUCGGUCUGCCGACGGCGUGCGUGCCCUCUCUGCCAUCGAGGCGGAGAUGCGCAAGUCGGGCCACCUCGAGCGCGACCGUGAACGCGCCCGCGCCGUUUCCGCAAGCCUCACAUACGCACCGCUCGGUGCCGAGGAUGCCCAGGCGCAGGCUGAGGCUGAGGCCGAAGCCGCCGCGACGUCGCCCAAGCGCAAGUCCAAGCCAGUCCGCCUGCGUCCCCCGCAAGCUGUCAAGGCCGAUACCCACACCCUAGCCGGCAGGAUCCAGAGCUUGUUCAGUGUGCCCCCGCCUCCGAGUUACCCACCUCCGCGACGCCGUCCAGCGAACCCGGCUGCGACGGCGGCGAGCGGGCAGGAAGAAGUGGGAGCUGGGGCCGGGCUGGUGGGACCGCCCAAGAGUAUCAAGGCGGAGCUACUCGAGAUGGACGCGCGGACGCCGCCACCGAUCAGCUCGCCGCGGAAGACGGACAAGAAGAGGGAUUAG